UGUCAAUUAGUCUCAUGUAAAAUAUUGUUGUAAUUCUAUUAUAGUAAAUGGGCGAAGGCAGCACACUGAAAAAAACCUAUUCAUACAUACUUAAAGAGUCUAUUUAUUUUAGAAGAGCCGUUCUUUUAAAGCCACUGACUAAGCCUGGAUAUGCUACAGCAUACUCUCAAGUCGGCCUUUGGAUCAAUAUUAUAUUUCUGUUUUUAUCUAUGCUAUGCAGCUGUUCUCUUUAUAAAACGCUGGAUGGUUACACCAAAUAUAAUAUAGAAGAAGGAAGAUCAGUUACUAUAUAUAUUUGCCUGGGGCAGUUGGUUCCGGUCUUCUUUGUAAUGCUUUUAUUUAGUGGGAUUAUUUAUUCCUUCCUAUUUAACUUUACACUAGUUGAAUCCGGGUAUGUUAUAUCUUAUUCUAUGUCCACAACUCUUCCAGCAAUAUUAAUAGGAAAGUCUGCGCAGUUGUACUUUAAGAACUACCUGUGGCCAAUAAACAGCCUUGUAUUCGUGCUAUCCGGUGUGAUUUCAAGUAUUUUUAUAAUUGUGAACUCGAAGAAGAAGAUAAAAGGAUAUUUUAAAUCGUGGUGUAUCUUUAUUGGAUGCAGUAUAAUGCAGAUUGGUAUGCACUUAUCGGGCGAUUCAAGUAUUUUCGGUGUUUUACACAUAUGGAAAUUUUCACUCUGGUCUUGAAUUAUAAUAUUAAUAACACUAUAUA